UAAUGAGGGCAUUAGGCGCGAACGCCAGCUGACAGCACAAGUUGCCACCGUUCCCACGCCAACUUUUCACCUCCGUAAACCCGCGAAUGGAUGUGCACUUCACUAAUGACAAGGACUCCAAGAGCUGAACCUCCCUGGCUGCCCUAAUAACUCUGGUUUAUUCGCACAGUCAGUUAAACCACCUGCCUCGAGUUCUUUCCUCUCGGAUGUUUUCUGGUCGCUGAUUUGCUCCGGUAUAUGUUUACUCAACGGGACUAGUGUUCUCUCGGAGGUCGCGAACGAAAGGUGCGAUGAGGCUGCUCUGCUGGAGCGUUCUGCUGCUCAUCCAAUGGAUUCUAAGAAAGGUGCACGGUUUGGAGAAACAGGUGGGCAAAUCUCUGGAUUACCUGGAGCAGGGACCGUCCGGCACAGUCCUCAAGAGCCUCCCGUAUGGAGUUCCGGCAGGAGGAGGAGGAGGAGGAGGAGCGGCUCCUUCAGGAGGCGUCAAACCUCCGUACCAGACGUCCAGGAUAUUCUCCACGAUGGACCACACGCCCAUGAAGCCCAAACCGCCCACCUUCGGCAUCCAGAACCCGUACGAAUGGCUGCGAAACCAGUCGCAGCUCCUGGACCAAACGGGCUACCGUCCCAAACGCAAACCCUCCCUGAAAACCUCCAUGAAGACUAAGAAGAUCUUCGGCUGGGGCGACUUCUACUUCAACGUCAAGACGCUCAAGUUCAGCCUGCUGGUGACGGGCAAGAUCGUGGACCACGUCAACGGGACGUUCACCGUCUAUUUCCGCCACAACUCCUCCAGCCUGGGGAACGUGUCGGUGAGCAUCGUCCCGCCGUCCAAAGUGGUGGAGUUCGAGGUUCUCCAGCAGCAGAACCCGCUUCACCCGGAGAUCCAGUUCCACCAGCCGCACCAGUCCACCAUCGACCCCAAAGACAUCAAAACCUUCAACUGCCGCGUCGAGUACGAGAAGACGGACCGCUCCAAGAAGCCCAAACCCUGCCUGUACGACCCGUCCCAGACCUGCUUCACCGAAAACACCCAGUCGCACUCGUCCUGGCUCUGCGCCAAACCCUUCAAAGUCAUCUGCAUCUUCAUCUCCUUCUUCAGCAUCGACUACAAGCUGGUGCAGAAGGUCUGUCCGGACUACAACUUUCAGAGCGAACAUCCGUAUUUCGGAUGAAGCUCGCGACGUGCUGACGUGUGGCUGGGACUUCACGAGGCGUUUUCCAUCCACCUUUUCUUUGUAUAUAGAAAGAACCGCCCUGAUCCCUGCUCUUAAUCUUGAGUUAUUUCUUGCUUUCGUCCGUUUUCGUCCGUCGACUGUUAGACCAACAGGGAACGUGUCGUUUUUCUACCGAUCCCGCGUACGUAUUUCAGAACGGAAACUGACGCAGAGACGAAAACCAGCGCUUGGUUUCUUCAGAUCCUUCACUGGCGUCUAAUGACAAACCUGUUAACGGUCUGAUCAGGGUUUCACUGACUAAUAAAUGAGGCCGCUAGUUAAAGUCAACAUGCCAUCAGACUUGGAUGAUGAUGAUGAUGAUGAAAAUAUAGAGUUUCAAUAACAGAUGGAUGAAAAAUAUUGAUUUUUGAUGGCAGUCGUGAAGGAAGGUGAUGAAGACAAACAUUUAUUUUCUUUAGAAUGAGCGAUGAGUCAACCAGGAACAUUAAUUAGUUAUGACUUCACGGAAAUAUGAUGAUGAACAAAAUCUUGGUAUUCGUUUGAGAAAAUUAGAACAUUUUAUUGAAGCAGAACCUCUUUUACAGUGUAAAACAAAAGUAGUUGUUUCAACUUCAUUUUUUACCCAGCUGACUUACGAUUUUUAGUUUAGUCAACUUAAAUAUUCCAGUCACUUAAAUUAACAUUAAGCGACUAAAAAAUUCAAGUUGACUGAACUAAAAAUGUUAAAGAAGUGGGUAACAAAUUAUAUUGAAACUUUUUGAAAGUUUUUUUUUUUUUUUUACAGUGUAAGAUUUUUCCCUUAAACUACAUUCUUAAAAAUAAAGGUUCCUUUUGGUUCCUCAAAGAACAUUUUCAAAGUUUCAAAUGUUUCAAAGAACAUUUUAAUGAUCUAAAGAAACCUGUAUUUUUUUUCCAUGGACAUUAGAUGUUCUUCAUGUAAUUAUCAGCUUUAUUUUGAAGAGUAAAGAGCCAUUUUUGGUUCCUCAAAGUAGCUUUCAGUGAUCAGAUCUUAAAAGAACUUUUUGUUUGAGUGUGAAGAACAUUAUAAAGAACCUGUAUUGGUUCCAUGGAUGUUAAUGGAACGGAACCAUAAUUCUUCGUGGAACUAUCAACUUCAUUUUAAAGUUGCACACUGAGUCUGAGAUUUUUGUAUGUGUUUUUGUCAUAUUCGUCAAAAUUCGUCACGCACAGAGCCUCAAGGUGUCAAAACACCUCUCAAAACGUUUGCCACAGAUGUGAAAACGCAGAAUAUUUAAACCAGUCCAAAUUUUUUUAUGACGGACGAAAGUUUCAUAAGAAGUGUGUAAAGGUGAUUGCAUACUGAGCCGGAAAUUUCAUUUGCAUUGCAUGCAUUUUUCCCAUUUUUGUAUUUGUCAUCUUUUUUUCUAUCAGAAGGCUUACUACAGAUGCAAAAACACAGGAAAUCGAACCUAAUCCAAAUUUUUUUGUGACAGACGAAAGUUUCGGAGGCAGUGUGUAAAUGUGAGGUUGUAUUUAUUUUUUUGCAAAAAUUUCAGACGAGAAUUUCGGACUUAAAGUACCAUUUUUGGUUCCUCAAAGAACCUUUCAGUGAUCAGAUCUUAAAAGAAGCAGCAUUUUGUCUUAGUCCGAAGAGCAUUUUAAUGAUCUAAAGAACCGUUUUAGACUAUAAAGAGCCUGUAUUUGUUCUGUGGAUGUUAAUGGUUCUUCAUGGAACUAUCAACUUUAUUUUGUCUGAAAUGUUCAUAUUUGUCAAAACAGCUCUCAGAAUGUUUGCUACAGAUGCGAAACGGAGAAACUUCAAACCAGUCCAAUUUUUUUUAUGACGGAAGAAAGUUUCAGAGUCAGUGUGUAAAGGUCACUGCAUACUGAGUCCGAAAUUUUCAUAUGUAUUUGUCUUUUCGUAUUUGUCAUCCUUUCCUAUCAAAAGGCUUGCUACGGAUGCAGAAACACAGAAAACUGGACCUAAUCAGAAUUUUUUUGUGACACGAAAAUUUCGGAGGCAGUGUGUAAGCGUGAUUGACACAAUGUGAGGUUGUAUUAAUUUUUUUCAGAUGAGAACCUUUUUGGUUCCUCAACCUUUCAGUGAUCAGUUCUUAAAAUAAGAAGCAUUUUUCCUUAGUCGGAAGAGCAUUUCAUUGACCAUGGAUUCCAAUAACGAACCUUUAUUUUGAAGAGUGUAGCUCCAUGUCCAGAUUCAUCAGCAGAAGCUCCACAGCUUUCAGGUUAAACAGAUUACUUGAGUCAUUGUGGGUUUAAAACCAGGUUUAAUGUUGAAAACACUGAGCAGGAAAAACCUGCGGGAACUCUGUGUGUGAGAGAAUAAUAAACAGAUCCAAAUGAAUGUAUUUAACAGAAUGUUAUCCACCCCCGUAUGAAUUACCUUUAUAUAUGAUGAAAUUAAAGACAUAUCUAUUUACUCUGAAUAAAGCUUGAAGAGACACAGAGACAAAUAUAUGGGUGAGACGCUGACGCAGAUGGAAUGAUUUCCCGUCUCAUUCUCCUUUACUUUCCCUGUCUUGUUUUUCAAGUCGAGCACCGAACGGAAGCGUCUUUCUUUAUUUUUGGACACCGAUCAGUCUGUGAAUCCGAGGCCGUCAGAGAUAUGAGAGGAACGCAGCAGUUCUGUGAUUAAAGUAUUGCUUGAUGACGUGUAUAGUAUACAUGGGGGAAAUUGUGUGUA